AUGUCUUUGUCAAAUAUCCCCGAGAAGUGGUCCGAGGACAACAACCUCCGAAGGGUUAGGACGAGGGGAGCUGGUCUCACUAGCUUUUGUCACCUUCUUGCGGGCGAACUUCUUCAGAGUAGGCUUAGGUCGAGACGCGACCUAAAGGGCCAAGAGCAAGCCGAGGUUGACUAUGAAGACGAGCUAUGGAAAUUAAGGCUAUCUAAUUCUUUUGUUUUCUCGCGAGUUGAAAUACUUGAAGGCAGUCCCCGAUCCGUCAGCUCUCCAUUUAGCUCAAGAACCCUAACGCAGGGUUUUGAAUCUGUAUUCUUCAUCGAAGGCAAAACAAUGCAAGUCGAAAGUGCUUUAUCCGUCGUCGGCCCAAAGCCGACCGACCUGUCGACACCGGGCCCCACCACCAGCCUCGGACCAAACGGCAAACAGCGCACGUCCAGCCUGGAGGCCCCCAUCAUGCUUCUCGCCGGCCACCAGAGCGCGAUCUACUCCAUGAAAUUCAACCCCACUGGCACCGUAAUCGCUUCCGGGUCCCACGACCGCGACAUCUUCCUCUGGCACACGCACGGCGACUGCAAGAACUUCGCCGUCCUCCGCGGCCACAAGAACGCUGUCCUCGACGUCCAGUGGAGCCCCGACGGCUCUCAGCUGAUCUCCGCCAGCCCCGACAAGACCCUCCGUGCCUGGGACGUCGAGUCCGCGAAGCAGGUCAAGAAGAUGGUGGGCCACCUCUCCACCGUCAACUCGUGCUGCCCUGCCCGCCGUGGCCCGCCGCUCGUGAUCAGCGGCUCCGACGACGGGACAGCCAAGCUCUGGGACAUGAGGCAGCGGGGCCCGGUCCAGAGCUUCCCGGACAAGUACCAGAUCACGGCCGUCAGCUUCUCGGACGCGUCGGACAAGUUCUACACGGGAGGAAUCGAGAACGACGUCAAGGUGUGGGAUUUACGGAGGGCCGAGCCCGUGAUGACUCUGCAGGGGCAUCGUGACAUGAUGACGGGCAUGCAGCUGAGCCCUGACGGGUCGUACCUGCUGACCAACAGCAUGGACUGCACGCUUCGCGUGUGGGACAUGCGGCCGUACGCGCCGCAGAACAGGUGCGUGAAGGUUUUCGAAGGGCACCAGCACAACUUUGAGAAGAAUCUGCUGAGGUGCGCGUGGUCGCCCGACGGGAGUAAGGUGACGGCGGGCAGCAGCGACUGCAUGGUGUACGUGUGGGACACGACCUCGCGCCGCGUGCUGUACAAGCUCCCGGGGCAUACGGGGUCGGUCAACGAGUGCGCGUUUCAUCCUCGGGAGCCGAUUAUCGGGUCGUGCGGCAGUGACAAGCAGAUUUAUCUUGGUGAGAUUUGAAGGGGCUUUUGUGGAUGUGAGAGUUUGUUUUGAAAGUUGUAGUGAGAGUCUUUUAGGUGUCUUUUGUGUGGUAUUGAUUAAUGAAUGAAGUUGUUUAGAAUGUUUUGUGGAGAUUGUGGAUGCGAGAAAACCUUCGUCAUUUUGUUUCGGGCAGCGGGCUUUGGUUGGUUAUUGGUGUGGACCUGUUGUUAUAAGAUAAGAGGCGAUAUUAGUUGUAAGGUUCUUGUUAUUUCAUUGGAGUUGCAUUUUAUAAUGUCAUGAUGAAGGGCUGCAAACGGGUGUGGUUGCUAGAGUCAAAGCUCGAACUCAUGUUGAACUUGGAGCAAGGCUCGAACUCGUAUUGAAGUAGAGAACUUUGAACUUGAACUUGAGCCUGUAU